GUUCCUUGUGGUGGGCGUUAACACACGGAUGGUCUUAUAGUUAUGCCGUUAAUGUCGUUAAAACCAAACAACCUUUUCAGCGAAAAUCUUUGUAUACAAUAAUCACUUAACCAAAAAUGUUAUCCAAGCUGCCAACUAACCUCCCGCCCCAUCUGAGUCUCAAACUCAUCAAGACAUACUGCGAUUCCGGUGAUUUACGACGUGCACACCAACUGUUUGACAAAAUUCCUGACCCAGAUUUACAUUUAUGGACAGUUUUAAUAUCAGCUUAUACAAGACAAGGUCUACAGAAAGAAGCUAUAAAUUUAUAUACCCUUUUAAGAAACAAAGAUAUUAAACCUGAUAAAUUCAUACUUUUGUCAUUCGUCAAGGCGUGUGCCACGUCUAGAGACGUCGUUGAGGCUCAAAGAGUGUAUAAAGACGCUGUUACGUUUGGGUUUCAUCGUGACGUUUUGUUGGGGAAUGCAAUGAUUGAUAUGUUUGGGAAAUGUAAGUAUCUUGAAGGUGCAAAAAGAGCGUUUGAUGAGUUGGGGAAUAGAGAUGUGAUCUCUUGGACUUCGUUGUGUUCUUGUUAUGUUAGUUGUGGGAAGCCGAGAAUGGGGAUUCAAGCGUUUAGAGAAAUGGGGUUGGAUGGAGUGAGGCCGAAUUCAGUUUCAGUUUCUACGAUUCUUCCUGCUUGUUCUGACUUGAAGUGUUUGAAUUUGGGUCGAGAAAUACAUGGGUUUGUGGUGAAAAAUGGAAUUGGAGGGAAUGUGUUUACUAGUAGUGCGAUUGUGGAUAUGUAUGCUAGUUGUUUGUGUAUCAAACAGGCUGAACUCGUGUUUAAUAGAAUGGUUACUAGAGAUACCGUGUCUUAUAAUGGGAUGAUAUCUGCGUAUUUUGAGAAUGGAGAAGCUGAGAAAGCGAUUAGAAUGUUUGAAAAGAUGAAAAAUGAGGGUUCGAAGUUAAAUUAUGCAUCUUGGAAUGCUGUUCUUUGUGGGUGCUUGCAAACUGGGCGAACACAACAAGCAUUGGAGUUACUUGCAGAAAUGCAACACACGGGUUUUAGUCCGAAUCAGAUAACAUUGACUGCUAUUCUGACUGCAUGCACAAACUUAGAAAGCUUGCGGGGAGGCAAGGAGAUUCAUGGUUAUAUCUUUAGGCAUUUUUUCUUGGAUGACACAACAGCCUUAACCGCUCUGAUAUUCAUGUAUGCUAAAUGUGGCAAACUUGAGUUUUCUAGAAAGGCUUUUAAGAUGAUGUCUAGAAAAGAUACAGUUGCAUGGAACACAAUGAUUAAUGCAAAUUCAAUGCACGGGAAUGGAGAGGAAGCAUUGGCUCUUUUUAAUGAAAUGCUAAAGUCAAGUGCCAAGCCUAAUGCAGUUACUUUUACAGGAGUUCUAUCUGGUUGUAGCCAUUCACGACUAGUAGAUCAGGGCCUCUCUAUUUUCAACUCAAUGAGUCGGGUUCAUUUGAUUGAACCAGAUGCAGAGCACCACUCUUGUAUAGUAGAUGUUUUGAGCCGUGCAGGCCGCCUAGACGAGGCAUAUCGGUUCAUACAAGAUAUGGUAAUUCAACCAACCGCUUCUGCUUGGGGAGCCUUGCUUGGUGCAUGUAGAGUAUAUAAAAAUGUAGAUUUAGCACGAAUUGCAGCAAAACGGCUAUUUGAGAUUGAGCCACACAAUGGUGGGAAUUAUGUUUUGUUAUCUAACAUCUUUGUCAAUGCCAAACUGUGGGGCGAAGCAUCAGAAACUAGGAAAUUAAUGAGGGAUAAAGGAAUCAAGAAAGAGCCAGGUUGUAGUUGGGUACAAGUCAAGAACAAGAUACAUACUUUUGUGGUUGCUGACAAGAACAAUGAGCAUAGUGAUGCUAUUUAUAAGUUCUUGAGUAAUAUGAGUGAAAAAAUGAGGCAAGCCGGAUACUUGCCUGACACAGAAUUUGCACUUCAAGAUCUAGACCAUGAGGAGAAAGAAGGCACCUUGUGCAAUCACUGUGAGAAGCUUGCCGUGGCGUUUGGUUUACUAAACAUGAAUGGUGAAUCAUCCAUUACGGUGUUCAAGAAUUUAAGAAUUUGUGGAGACUGCCAUAAUGCCAUCAAGUAUAUGGCUAAAAUAGUUGGAGUGACGAUUAUUGUCAGAGAUUCAUUAAGGUUUCAUCAUUUUAGAGAUGGGCAUUGUUCUUGUAAAGAUUUUUGGUAAUCUUUUUCAGUAAGUUAUGGCAUUUCCUCAGCUGCUCAGCAUCGCAUUCAACUUUGUAACCGAUUCAAAGCAAGGUACAAAUCAUGAUAUUAUACUAAUGUCGUGU